ACGCGCUUUGCGCAGCUAGUAGCUGCGGGCUGCUGUCAUCGCUGCUGGCGCGACUGAGGCCGGGGAACCCAGGCGUCCGAGGACUCUAGGCGAGGGUCUUUUAGCGGGAGGGGACCCUGGCGUCUGAGGACCGGGGAGAGGGAAAUGGGAGACCCAGAGUGGGGGGAGCGCUAGGGGACCCCCACAUUCGGGGUACUGUGAGGACCCUUUGAGGAGGAUACCGCAUUGGCGUGGGUCGGGGGACCCAGGAGUCCGGGCACCUUCGUGCUGGGGCGCAUCGUAGCGGGAGGGGAGCUCCUAACUGAGGACCCCUAGGCUGGGGGGAAGGAGUGGGGGACUCUGUAACCUGGAGCCCCUUGUGGGGAGGGGAGGGGAGGGGGCAGAGAAGCCCCCCAUAGAACUGGGAGGGUAUUAGGGUUGGGGGCGUUCCCCUCACCUCUGGCAGGAGAAUCCCCCCAACUGGGAAUCGGGGCCCAAGCCCUCCGUAUCGCCCCCUGACCUGUGCCACCCCCAAUCCUGCCAUGAAGCAGCCUGAGCCUGCCGGCCCCCCCCUGGCCUCUCUUGCCCCAGGAUUUUGCCUCUUCCUGUGGGGGAGGCUGUGAUGCCCACAGCUGGUACUGCUGUUGGGGAACUGUUGGGGGGGGGUGUCCAGGGUGGGCUGGAACCCCCCCCUUCCCAUACAUCCACGGGAGCUGGUUCUCCCUCCCUACAUGCUGGAUUCAGCACUUCGGAAAGGGAAUUGAUCUUUGGACACACGGUGACCCCCGAUAGCAGCAGUACCCCCAGCCUAGGGGACACUGCGCCCCCCCAUAGCACUGGCACCCCCAGCCCAAGACAAACAGAUUUCCCCUUGGGAAAUCCCCCAGGACAAGCUGUGCCCCCAGCAAUAGAACCCCUCAGCCCAGGAUAAACUGUUUCUUGCUGUAGUGGGCAUCCCCCCUUGGCACCUCAAACCCUCUCUGUUACAAUCCACAUCCCCCGGCACCUCUCUUUCUCCAUACCAGCCUUGCUAUAUCCUCCUCCGGCUCUCAGGGGAUGCCUCCCCUCAUAGCCCUCUUCUAGUUGAGGCCCCCGCACUCUCCCCUCAAAGAGACAGCUGGGCAUGGAGCAAGCUGCCAGCAACCUGACGGUGAUUGUGCCAGCCCAGCGCCUGACACCAGCUUUCCCCCCGGCGGUCAAGCUGGGGCUCACGGCGCUGUACACGGCGCUGUAUGCCCUGCUCUUCCUCUCAGUCUAUGCGCAGCUGUGGCUGGUGCUGCUCUACCGGCACAAGAAGCUCAGCUAUCAGACUGUCUUCCUCUUCCUCUGCCUGCUCUGGGCCACCCUCCGCACCACGCUCUUCUCCUUCUACUUCAAGAACACUCUCAAGGCUAACCAGCUGGGCCCCUUCCUCUACUGGCUGCUCUACUGCUGCCCCGUCUGCCUCCAGUUCUUCACCUUGACGCUCAUGAACCUCUACUUUGCCCAGGUGGUGUUCAAGGCUAAAGCUAAGUACCACCCGAACAUGACCAAAGGGCUGCUGGCCGUGCGGGGGGCCUGCCUGGGCGCCAGCCUGCUCUUCCUGGCAGUGAAUGUGGCCUGCGCUUUCGUGGUGCGGCUGGGGCGGGCCGAGCCCUGGGCCGUGGUGCUGACCCGUGUCCUCAUCAACGACUCGCUCUUCGUGCUGGGUGCUAUCACCCUGGCGCUCUGCCUCUGCCUCGUGGCUCGCGGCUCACCAAGCACCAGCCUCUACCUGCAGGCCAAGGGCACCACAGUGUGCCAGACAGCAGCCAUGGGCGGCACCAUGGUGCUGCUGCACGCCAGCCGUGCCUGCUACAACCUGGUGGCCCUGGCGUUGAGCUCCCACACCCGGCUGGAUUCCUUCGACUACGACUGGUACAAUGUUUCGGACCAGGCGGAUCUGAUCACUGACCUGGGGGACCAAGGAUACCUGGUUUUUGGCCUCAUCCUCUUUGUGUGGGAGCUGCUGCCAACUGCCCUGCUGGUGGGCUUCUUCCGGGUGCACCGCCCUCCCCAGGACCUGAGUGCCAACCACAUCAUCAAUGGGCAGCUUGGGGGCUCCCGUUCCUACUUCUUCGACCACCCUGGGCAAUAUGAGAACGAGGGCCCCCCCCGCAGGAAGGGAAGCAGCCUGGCAGGCCGACUGGGCAGCGGCAGCUGGUAUGGAGCCAUUGGCCGGACUGGGAGGGAUCCGGACUGGCUGGGGGGGCAGCCCCCUACAACCCCCCUGCUCUUCUCCCAGGUCACUGUGCAGGCCAGCCACCACCACAGCCUCUACUCCACCCCACAGACCUAGAUGCGCCCGCCCCCCACCCUGUGCGUCACCGGUGGACGCUGGUGAAAUGGGGCCACGAGGACUCAAUGGUGUGGAAGGUGGGGGGAUGUGGAGGGAUGAGUUCUGAGUGCAAGAAGUGGAGGGGACCCAGCUCUGUGCACCCUCAGGCUGAACAACCCCCAACCAAACAGCGCCCCUCCCCAUCGCACAGGGAUGGCUCUGGCACCACCCCACAUGCUGCAGCCUCUGAGGGUGCAGGCCAGUUUGGGCAGGGAUCCCAGUGUCCACCCGUGGGACAAAGGAAGAAUGGACUGUCUCCUCCCCCUCCCGCUGAAUGUGCUGGAGCAUUGCAUGUCGGGAGUUCCCCCUCUGGAUUAGUGCCUGCAGCUGGACCAUCCCUGGGGGGUCACACCGUCGUGAGGUGCCAGACUGUGGCUCAGGUGCCAGUUCGUACCCUCCGAUGCACGCCAGCUCCUGGCUCCUCCCAGAGCUCUCCCCAGCGCUGCCCUCCCACCCCAAGGCUUUGGUGCUGUCCUGUCCAUCCGCCCCAGGCUCAAUAAAAGGUUUGUGUUUGUGGCA